AUGAAGCUCUGUCAGAUCAAGUGGUUGCUAAAGCUUUUGCAAAUUCCUGAAGUGACCGAGAUUCCAAGCUUCAGUAAAGAAGCUCAGUCUUAUUUGCAAGGCUUAAUUGAAGGAUUUGGCAUGAGUGAUGUUUUGGAAGUUAAGAAAAUUGAAACAGUGACCAACCAUGAUUUUACCCAUCGAAUCACAGCAAAACUUUUUACCUUAAAGGGAGGAGUUGAGUUCGUUGAGUUGAAUUCGUUGGUCGCUGAUCGAUGUCGAUGGAGCCUGAUGGUAGUUGAGGCCGAUGGAGCCUGA